UCUGGGCUUCCUGGCUGGAUAUGGCAUCAUGGGGUUGUAUGCCUCGGUGGUGUUGGUGAUUGGGAAGUUUGUCAGAGAGUUCUUCAGUGGGAUCAGUCACUCCAUCAUGUUCGAGGAGCUGCCCUGUGUGGACCGCAUCCUCAAACUCUGCACCGACAUCUUCCUGGUGAGAGAGACAGGUGAGCUGGAGUUGGAGGAGGAGCUUUACGCCAAACUGAUCUUCCUGUAUCGAUCACCAGAGACUCUGAUCAAAUGGACACGACGCUGACCUCAUUGAUCAUUCCCAUUCUUUUUAUAAAUAUUGGUUAUUAGGUCAUCACAGACCUGGACAUCGUCAGCCGACAGUGAGUUGAACAUUUGGUUCCUCAAGCGUUCUUAAAGUGUUACACAGGGAACCUCAAGGGAUUGCUUUGCAGACGUUCUCCAGACAUUACUGUAAAGAACGAAGGAACUGUCAGUGAUGGUAGUUAAAGAACCAGACUGGAACUUAAACAGGACUGUUUACAGAACGUUAUUUAAAGAUUUCAAGAAACUGGAAUUUGAGAGAACAUUACUGAAACAUUUCUUGAACGUUAGUGUAAUGUUACUGUAAUUUUACUGGAACAUCACCUGCUAGGUGACCAAUGGGAGCAGCUGGGAGGCGGAGCUAAGGCUGAGAGCAAACUUCUAAUGAAAUCCAAACUGACCUCAGGACAGUGUCACACAGCGGACACUGUCAUGGGCAUAUUAUAAUAUUAAGUAUUGAUUAAUGAUUAUCAGUAACUGCAGGGAUAUGUCAGAUCCUGGAAAACCUGGAAUUAUUUAAUGCAGCUUUCAAGUCAUGGAAAAGUCCUGGAAGAUGCCACAUCUGAACAAAAUGUCCUGGAAAACAACAAGGAACUGAAACUAGACAACAACUAAAACAAAUUCAUAUUUUUCCAGGACCUUUUCAAUGACUUCAUGUAAGGGAACUCUGCUACACAGAGGAAGUGACAGCUAUAAAAACUGAUGUGUGAAUCAGCAAUCGAAGUCCCCGCACAGUCACACAGCUGCUUUCACUUAUUUUUUACUUAUUUUACUUUAAUGUUUACAGGACAAACCUCAGUAUUUAUCUUAGUGCGUCGUGAGCAUUAUUUUAACUGUAAUUAGCUCUGUCUUAGCUCGAUAUAAACUGUACAUCAACUGUAGUUUAAAGUAGCUUUACUUUAGCUUUAGCUAAACUGGCAAAGCCAGUAAAGUAGCUUUUAGCCCUACAUCAGCUCAACAACAGCUCUGGUAUUUAUGUUAUAUCUGCAUUUCCACAGCAGGAACUUUUCCAGCGGACCAAGAACUUGUUGAUAGGGGUGGGCAUUUUGAUACCUAAAAUAUCGAUAAAUAUUCAAAAACACUGAUACCAAAAUAUAGACUCUUUAUACCAAUACUAAGUCUUGUUUUGAGUAUUGAUAAUAGCACCAAAAGGGUCAUUAUCAAAACAGCAGAUCCAUCUCAUUCAUUUGGCAGACGCUUUUAUCCAAAGCAGAGCCCCAAACUACAAUUUUUACCCACCUAAUCAAAUAAAAAUUACCAGAAGAGUAAAAAAAAUGCCUCAUUCGAAGGAACGUGAACAUGUACUAAAAGCAGCCAAACAAUGAUGCAUUGCCAUCAUAAAUCACAACUCACUGCCCUGCCCUACCUGAUUGGCGACUGUGGCACAGUUGGGGGUCGUCAACUCAUCGCAGAGUUGGUGGUUCAAUCCCCAGCUCCUCCUGUGUUGUGGUGGCCUUGGGCAACCCUAACCUCACAGAUAAAAUGUAAAUGAUAGUACAUUGACCAAAAGUAUCAACAUCACUGAUUUAGCUCGACAUCACUUCUAUGUAAGGUCUACAUUAGCUCCACAUUGUCACUGUUAGCUCUAUGUUAUGUGAGUCAUUCAUUAGACCUGUGCUCAGGUGUAAGAUGCCCCCCCUUAAAAUCAGCCCAUUGUGGACAUGACCCCUGGCUGUUCAAAUAGUCACAACAUGACACUGGAAUCAUAAACACAGAGAAUAUUUCGUCCACAUCGCCUCCUAAUGACAGAAAACUGGAAGUAAAUCUAUCUCUGUUAGAUUGUGUUGUUGUUUCAAGGCAUUACAGUGAAGGUCUUUCUGUUUACGUCACUUUAUCUGAUUGAUAUUAACCGUAAGCUCAGUGUUUCCUUUGAAUAUUUGAAACAGACAGUGAAUAUAUGAAAAUAAA